GCCACACUUCCCGGGAGGCCGCGCGUUCGAGGAGUCCUCCGGACCAUAGAGCUCAGGUCCUAGCUGGGCCUCACCCGCACCACUUCCGUUCCUCUGCCUAAAACCGCGCCUGCGCACUGCGCUCCUUCCUCUCGGCGUCCGACCUGGUUCGCGGCGACAUGGCCAAACGCACCAAGAAGGUCGGAAUCGUCGGUAAAUACGGGACCCGUUAUGGCGCCUCCCUCAGGAAAAUGGUGAAGAAAAUUGAAAUCAGCCAGCACGCCAAGUACACCUGCUCCUUCUGUGGCAAAACCAAGAUGAAGAGGCGAGCCGUGGGGAUCUGGCACUGUGGUUCCUGCAUGAAAACCGUCGCUGGUGGUGCCUGGACCUACAACACCACUUCUGCCGUCACAGUAAAGUCAGCCAUCAGAAGACUGAAGGAAUUGAAAGACCAGUAGAAGCUCCACAGUUUGAAACAUUGCGAGCCUAUAAUAAAUGGGUUAAUUUAUAUAACAAAA